GAUUGUGACCUUUCACGUUCACGCGAAGAGGCUCUCUCCCUCUCCUCACUCGGCAUGCCGCGGCGGUGGAGCCCUUUCCGAUCUCCGUUCAACACUCUCCGCCGCCGGGAACGGAUGAAUCAACCUCUCUCUCGGCGUUCAACUCUCCCUCACUCGUCGAUUUCUCUGUCUCCCUUCGCUUGCUUUCAGACUCGCUUUAACCUCUCCGAUUCGUCUUCGCUCGAGUCAUCUUUGCUUUAAUCUCUCUCGUCUCUCUUCGAUCAUGUUCGCUUUGGAUUCGAAUUUCUCCGAUCAAAAGUAAAUUUCCGAUUCAACAGCAAGAUGGAUAGGAAACGUGUGAACAUGAGCGUUUCUCGACCGAAGACAACGUCCGGAGCCUCUUCACAGAUGAGUGAACGAAGAAAUCUAGAGAUUAUCCGAAAUAGAAGGAUCUUCUCUUUAUAGAUUGAGGAACGAUUAACGGAGUUUGAAGAAGGUUGAAUCGUGAUUGAGAUGCGAUGUGGAGUGAUGAAGAUCAAAUCGUGCGAUUGAGAUGUGAUACGGAGAUGAGGUGGUUGCGUGCGUGACUAUGCCGAAAUUGGUUGAAGGCGGUGAAGACGGAUCUUGCAGAGCAAGUCGAUACUUUUCAGGGAGCUAUAUGGACUGUGCAGCUUAUGUCGGGUGGAACUAUUUCUUGAAGUGCGGAAUUACGGUUUUCUUCGGUUUGUCUUGGGUGCCACAGUGGUUGUUUGGCAGCAGCAGGUUUACAGGGACUGAACUGGUUUUAUCUGUGGGUUUCUUGAUGGUGAAGUGGAUGUGUACAGGGACUGGUUUUGUUAGUCAUGCUGCUGUUAUUGAAAUGGGUGGAAUGGUUUUGGAAGACAUGGUUUGUGAUCUUGAUGUGCAGGUGAAUAGGCUGAUGCAGGAAUCUUGUCGACAUUUGUUAUGGAAUGGCAUUUUGUUAUGGUUGGAUGUAUGGAUCACAGUUAGUUCUUUUCCUAAUUUUCUGUUGGGACUGUUUUGUUGUUGUGAUGAGUGAUGAUGAAAUGAGAAUGGAUUGCUGUUGUUUGUGAGAGAUUUGGAGAAUUUUGCAGCAAUGUAGGAUCUUGUUCUUGUUGAGUUUUUUUUCAAUCUGCAAAUCGCUCAUUCUUGUGAAAAAUUUUGGUUGCAAAGUGAAUUAAUGUGAGUAGCAAAGAGUAUUUAAAAGGGAGGGUUCCAUUGAAGGCUGCAGCUUGUAAUGUUCUUUUUAUAUUUUUCUUCUUUGUAUUCCACGUUGUAAUAUAUAUGUUUUUUGUAAUGGAUAAGUAAACUUGGACAUUUGUAAUCUUUGUAACCUCCUUGUAAUUUGUAAUGGGUAUUGAUAUUGAAAGGAUACUUGUGAUGAACUUGAAUGAAUUUUGAAAUGAGAUGAAAGCCCAAAGAGUGAUGGGUCACGGACUUGGGAUGAA